AUGGCGGACGAGCUGGAGCGGCUGCUGGACGAGGUGGAGCGGCGGCUGUGCCGCCCGCCCGCGCGCGCGGCCGGCGAUGGCGGCCCGCGGCAGCCCGAGGAGGAGGAGGAGGAGGCGGCGGCCGCCAGGUGGGCGGGCGGGCCCGGGGGAGGCUUUGGGGAGGGCGAUAGUCACAGCAGGAGACUGAUCCACCCUUCUUCUUCAGUCAGAUCAUCUAAGCUAUUGAAGAGUGCUGGCAGCACUGAAGAAAAUAUAGACGAUAUUUUUGAUGAAAUCUGUAAUGACAAUAGUUUCCCCAAAACACCUCAGAAAUCAAAGUCUAACUCUGCAAGGGCUGCACCUCACAGCAGUAGUCUUAUUACGCAGGUCUAUGGGAAAAGGUGCUGUCCAGUGUAUCUGGGUGGAAGCUCUUCACCAUGUGGUGUAGGAACAAAUAUUUCAAAAAGAACGUGUGACCAACUGCGCUGCACUGCUUGUGACUUCCGUGUGUCCCUUUACAAUGACUACAAAUGGGAUCAGUCCUGUGAUUACCUUUUUUUCAGGAAUAACAUGCCAGACGUCAGUAAGCUGAGGGCGAAGAUGAUCAGGAAGAAAGGCUCRCGGGCCUACGCUUGUCAGUGCAGCUGGAGAGCCAUCGACGAGCUCACCGACCUCCAAACAGAGCAGCAGCUCCGCUGGGUUUGUGGUAAACACACAGAGUGAAGUCCUCUUGUGGGAGAGCUACGUUGAUGCAAAAGCAGGUCACAAGCUCAAUUUGUUUCCCACAGAGUUUUCUCUAUGCAUGGGAACUCGAAUACUUCUAGAAAUAGAUGGUAACACCCAAAGCUCAAACUGAAAAGGCUUUUUUUUCACUUUAACUGUCCUGCAAACCAUAUGAGGAGUCAAAUUGUUACAGUAAGAGCCAAUUUGGAGGCUUUGGGGAGUCUAAAUGAACUUAAAGUCCAUUUUCAGUUAUGCUGAGGAAAGCAAGAGGAAAUUAAGCAACUUAGGUACACGGCAAAAAAUCGAAGAAUAUCAACACCUUGGCUGUGUUCCUCAUAUCCAGCACAGAGCCCCAUUUCCCACAUCUGCAAAAUCUGGGACUCAGAAAAUGAUGGGCUGAGAUGUAGCCAUAACACAAGUAUAUGAAUUUCUAUAUGGAAAUUAAUAUUACCAUUCCACUUUUCCCAUAGCUGUCAGCAGUCAUAGAUCUCCAAAAAUAUUACUGCAAGAUCAGCUCUCACCACAAAGGUUUUGGCACCCCCAAAACUUUGCUUUCUAUUGCCCACCAGUAGCCAAGAUCUGCAGGUGUUGGAAAUUUCCUUCCUAGUUCCUACUCCCCUCCAUAUGUUUCUUUCUUCAAAGCUUUUUCUGCUGAGCAACGACUUUCUGUUGAAGUUCCUUGGACCUUUAUCGYGUGGAAUUUCUUGGGCUUCUCUUCAGCCUUCACUGCAAGAGGUGAACAGGUUACUAAACAAUACUGUGCACUUUAUAAAGUAUUUUGAGGAAUAUUUGGUUCUGUUCCACCAAUAUUUUCAAGGAAAAAAAUGGACUUUAAGASUGAGAAAAAUAUAUCCCUACUGACUUUCAUAUUGGGAUUUUUUUCAGUUUACAUAGUUCAACUGAAAAUACUACACAUUCAGAGAGGAUAUCUGUCCCAUUCYGACACUUACGCCUCCCCCAAUAACAUCAUAAUAUCUUGUAGCUUGGCGAGUGGUUUUAGUUACAGUUAAUGUUACUGUAGUUUAUUACCUUCUUCCUUUUCACUUUUUAAUAAGUCCGGAAUUGGUUUWAGGUUUUUUUUCAGCGGAAAGGAAAGGGUUACCAGUUAAAGAAUGUCCCAUGUUCCAAAGAGAGACAGUGAGAACAUUUCAAAAUGAGGUGUAACUUGAAAAAAAAAAAGAGAAAUCUGUCAGUAUUUUUUGCUAUGCAAUAUGUGAUGCCGUAUAGAUAAAUUCAAAAUGACUUGCUUUCUGCAAUUCCAGUUACACAGAAACAUUUAUGUUUUUAUGAAGUUUUGCUCACUGCUCUAAACUGUACAUGGUCCAUUUUGUUCUGAGUUUUUCCAAGGCAAUUACAUGCUCUUCCUUAUGGAAGUCAUGUAGGGAAUCAUCAGCUUUGUCUGUACCCCUCUGCAAGAGCAGGGCCUGGCGAUGGCCAGAGGUGCAGGGCAUGUUCUGCAUCCCAACCAUCGUCCCUUGGGUGAGUGUUGGUGUGGAGCYGUGGAGGACCUGCAGCUUGUGAGGGCCUGGCACCACCUGCACACUUUUUGGGUUCACAUUUCCAGAGAUGUGCCGAUGAUCCCAUGCUUGGCUUUGAAGAAGAACUUUAGAUUGCCCUGGCAUAAUGAUAUAGGGCAUUUAGGGUAAGUUGUUUCCAGGAGAAUUCUUGUUUCAGGCUGAAGUUCCAACUGCUAAGAGUCUAAUACUGAGGCUUGGGAGAGAGGGAGACCUGCAGAUCAGUGGAUUAGUGCUCAGUCAGCUACUGGACUAGGUCAAGUUGUUUUCUGUCCUUUACAGAGAGAUACCUAAGUGUGGAUUGUAAGCAGUUUCUUCAGGUGGUCUUCUUUGCAUUCCCAAAUAGCUUAAGAACUGAUGCUAAGAGAAGAACCCAGCAGUAGUAUGUAAUUUAAUAACAAUCAGUGCAGAAGAAGAAACCUGAUUUUCCAUUCUCCACCUUGAAGUUGAAAAAUAUUGAAAAAUACAUUUCAGUUACAGCUUUGGCUCACCUCUUCCAAAGUCACUGGUGACUGUGAUGACCAGGCAAUCUGUGGAGGGCAGUUUUGGCCUGGAUUUUCACUGGGACUUGUGCCAUAGUGCCAGGAACAAGUUAACCUUGCAACUUGUGAGCAGGAGGAAGGGAAAAUCCAAACACCCAUCUCAGUUCAUAACACCAAGUUUUAUGAAGUUGUCAGAUGCCAUGUCAUUGGCAAAGGAGCAUGUUCCCUGUACUCUGUUUUCAACAGGAACAGUUAUUCCCCUCUGGAAUCAUUUACACUGCCAGGCAUGUGAAGGAAAUGCGUGGAAACAAAAGGUCAAGACGUCUGUUGUGGUGAUUUGAUGAGAAGAAGACAGAAAGCUUGAAACCAUGGAAAAUGGAGGCUAGGGAGGAACUGGGACAAAAGGUCUAAGAAUGGAGAAGUAGAAGGUACUGACGCAACCCCCUGCUCAUUGUAUCAGUCAGCAGUUCUCCCAGGUCACCUCAUCCUCCAUCUUCUGUUGGUCUAGAGAAGUGUAGAAGCAGUGUUGGUUCCGGAUGGAGAUUGGUACCUGGCGUUCAUAUUGCUAGCACCCGUAAGGCUGCACCCCAAGAUGAUCUCUCUUGUAUAUGUGUGUGGAUCCUGAGUGUUUCCCUGAAAUCAUCGUGUCUAUCCAAGAGCCGUUCCUUGCUUCUGACCUAGAUCGGAAGGGUAGCCUGUGAUAGCUCUUUAUCUAAGUGAAGCUAGAGAUGCUGAGAAAUCCUUCUUGAUGCAUUGUCUUUCUGUACAAAAUUUCAUGUAUUUCUAGAUCUGAGAAUACUUGCUAGUUCAUUAAAACUAAUGAUGCUGUGGGGAGGAGGAGUUGUAUUAAGGAUUAGCUUUCCCUGCCGAUGUUUUCUUCAGUGUUAGUACGUUACAAACCAUUGCAAAGUCCUCAAAUGGAAAGAGGGUCAAGAAAGCUGAAACUGGAGCUUGAACAUUUAGUUGAUGACGAUAUUACAAGAUUGCUCGUGGAUUUCAGUGUGUAGCCUAGGCUGUAAGUGGUACUUCCUUGACAGUUAACUGAGAUAGCAGGGAUUACAUAGAGAAUUUUGUGUAGGAAUGCCAUUCAGCUGUUGUCACACAGAAGCACUGCAGAACCCUUCUACUAAGUAUAAAUGUGACCUUUGUUUUCUUCCAUUUUUUACUGAGAAAGAAAUAAUAUCAUUUCUGCCUCUAGAAUGGGCAUGAUGAAAAUUUAAGACUUGCAUUUUGCUUCAGUGAUUUGUUGAAAAUUUUCUAUCAUCUGCACCCUUGCUAUGUAGCAGAUCUCUCAGCAACCCAAGCAGAGACGAGGAAGUUUGACCAAAGGAGCCCCCACCAGGGUGUUCUCCUGGAAAUGGAAUCAGUGAUUUAACAUCACAUCAACAUCUUGUCUUCUAAAGCUGUUUUCCUGCAGUACCUCUGCAUAGGAAUCAAAUUCUGAUGUACAUAAUACACUUUAAUAGCUUUUCUUUAUCAAAUUUUAAUGUGCUGUUCUAACUAUCUUACCUGUUUUUUCUGCAAAAUUAUGUCUAACUCAGAAUGGGACAUAGCUCAAGGAGACUUAAUUAUUAAUGAUAUCGACCGGCUGUAAAACUUUACGUACAGAAGCACAAUAGCAUUGCCUAUUGCAAGCUCUGUAUUGUGUAAAACUAAAUAAAGAU